CGCAAGCUCGGCAUCUAUACUCCACUAUAUGUCAACUCCCGCAGACACAACGGCCCCGCGGCCGCAUUCAAUCCACCCUGACGGUCGCACCGGUGACAUGAACCCAGCCGUGCCGUCGACGCCUAACGAGACCCUCUUGCAAGCCUUUGAGUGGCACCUCCCCGCCGACAAGCGUCACUGGCGCCGCCUCAUCAACCUCCUACCCAGUCUUGCUCCCUUGGGCAUCACCAAGCUCUGGAUCCCACCGGCUUGCAAGGGCGGUGGCGGUGCCUGGAGCAACGGCUACGAUGUCUACGACUUGUAUGACCUAGGCCAGUUCGACCAGAAGGGCUCCAGGGCGACCAAGUGGGGACCCAGGACCGACUUGGACGAGUUCGUCCGUGUCGCGGGAGACGCCGGAAUUGAGAUUUUGUUUGAUGCCGUGCUGAACCACAAAGCCGGGGCGGAUUCCACUGAGCGAGUGCUGGCCACGAAGGUGGAUCCAAAGGAUCGCCGCAAACGGAUCGGUCCCCCGGGACAGAUCGAGGCGUGGACCAAGUUCGAUUUCCCGGAUCGCAGAGAUCAAUAUAGCUCCUUGCGGUGGAACAAGGCGCAUUUUACAGGUGUGGACUAUGACCAUGCAACCGGUGAAAAGGCCAUAUGGUUGUUCGACAACAAGAAAUGGGCCGAGGAUGUGAACAAGGAGCUUGGUAACUAUGACUACCUAAUGUUUGCAGAUAUAGAUCAUUCACAUCCUGAAGUCAGGAGUGAGUUCUUCAAAUGGGCCGAGUGGCUCAAUGAUCAACUUUUACUUGGCGGCCUUCGACUGGACGCCGUUAAACACAUGUCCAGGUGCUUCGUACGAGAUCUAGUCGCCCAUAUUGACCGAGUGCGGACUGCCCAAAACAAACCUCCAUGGUUCAUUGUAGGGGAGUAUUUUUCCGAUGAUGUGAGCGAACUGGAAGAGUACCUCGAGGCACUGGACCACCGCAUCCAGUUGUUUGAUGUCCCCCUGCUCAAGAACUUCUCUCGGAUCUCUUUUGAACCAAUGCCGGAUCUCAGGACUAUUUUCGACAAGACCUUGUCUGCAAGCAACCCAGACAACGCCGUGACGUUCGUCGCCAGCCAUGACACGCAACGAGGCCAAACAAUGGACACCCCGAUAGCCGAGUGGUUCGUUCCCAUCGCCUACGCCCUCAUCCUACUCCGCGCAAACAUAGGCACCCCAUGCGUCUUCUACGGCGACCUUCUAGGAACACUCGGUCCCUUCUCCAGCCCGCCGGUCUGCGGUGGCCAGAUACUGCCCAAGAUGCUACAGGCUCGGAAGCUCCUUGCGCAAGGCCGCCAGAUCGACUACUUCACCCGCCCAGUGACCAUUGGAUUCGUGCGCCUUGGUGGGCUGGCAGUCGUGGUGAAUGCCGGUUGGCAAUUUGCCGUCCAGAAGAUGUUUGUCGGUGUCGAAAGGGCGAGGGAGACGUGGGUUGAUCUGUUGUUAGGCGCGCGAGGUGAGGUCGUCAUUGAUGCCGAUGGCUAUGGCGACUUUUGGGUCGGGCCUAGGGGUGUUGCUGUCUGGGUUAGGCAAUAAACGAUUCAGCUUGCAAGGGAAGGAUGCGGUCAAAGUGUGUCAGCUCGCAAAUUCGCCAGAUUAUCUGUUAUCUUAAGUACGGGAUGAAUGUAUUGAACGCCAUACUAUCUACCCUUCAACACUUUCAUUAUAAAUACACCGG